GCGGCAGCAGAACACGACACACACGUAAACACCGCGGCUUCUAACGUAAACCGGACUUAAUUAACGCAUAACCGUGCGUUUACGACAUAUAAAAACAUGCGUUUUUUAAAAGUGUUCCAGAAAGAUCGGUUUGUUUCGUGACGCGUUGCUUGGUUUUAUUUUUGUUUUGUUUGUUGUUGUUUUUUUGUUUGUUUUUUACUUUUUUAUAUAUAAAAAAUUUUAGGGAAACAAUUGGAAUUAUUCCCUCCAGUCGUUUAAAGGUCCAUCCACAGUUGUUUUCUUCAGUUAUGGACAAAUCUCUUCUUUCGUCUUCUAAUGACAUCAUCAUGAGCAGUUCAACAGGCUCCUACCAGCCAGAACCCCUGACUCCACCCAGACCCAGCCACCACCACUCUUCGUCUUCGUCUUCUCCCAGCUCCUCGUCCUCGCCCCUCAAGCCCAACCAGGUCAGCCAGGUCGUCCUGUACGGCGUUCCCAUCGUGUCCCUGGUCAUUGACGACAGAGAGAGACUCUGUUUGGCGCAGAUCUCCAACACGCUGCUGAAGAACUACAGUUACAAUGAGAUACACAACCGCCGGGUGGCGCUGGGCAUCACCUGCGUCCAGUGCACCCCCGUCCAGCUGGAGAUCCUCCGCCGGGCCGGCGCCAUGCCCAUCUCGUCACGCCGCUGCGGCAUGAUCACCAAACGUGAGGCGGAGCGUCUGUGUAAGUCCUUCCUGGGUGAGAACGCGCCCCCGAAACUGCCCGACAACUUCGCCUUCGAUGUGACGCACGAGUGUGCGUGGGGCUGUCGGGGCAACUUCAUCCCUGCGCGCUACAACAGCUCCAGGGCCAAAUGCAUCAAGUGCUCCUUCUGCAACAUGUACUUCUCCCCAAACAAGUUCAUCUUCCAUUCCCACCGCACCCCCGACGCCAAGUACACCCAGCCCGACGCCGCCAACUUUAACUCCUGGCGCCGACACCUCAGACUCACAGACAAACACCCGGCCGACGAGCUGGUCUUCGCCUGGGAAGACGUCAAGGCCAUGUUUAACGGAGGCAGCCGUAAGAGGGCGCUGCCCUCCUCCGCCCAGUGUUCUUCUCUGGGGUCUCUGAAGUCUCUGCCGGGGUCAGUGGUGCCCCACAUGAUGGGGCCCGACCUGGGUGCUCAGAAGAGAGCCCGGUUCGAGGACGACGAUGACCUGGACGGAGGAGAUCUGUCUCCGCGUAAAAUUCCUCGCAGCUACCCUGUCAUUCCUGUCCCCAGUAAAAGCUUCGGCAUGCUGCAGAAGUUCCCCCCCACCUCCCUCUUCCCUUCCCCGUACCCUUUCCCAGCAUUCGGCCUCUGCCAGCAGAAGAAAGAGGACAGCGACGUCGGCGCCGGGCAGAAAGGCCCGGGCCUGUCCGGCCUCCUGUGGCCCGCCAGGAAAGACACUUUCUACCCUCCUUUCUGUAUGUUCUGGCCUCCCAGAGCAGCGGGGGGGAUACCUGUGCCCACCUACCUCCAGCCCCAGCCCAGCACUCUCUCCUCAUUGGCCGAAAACCCUUCUCUCAGACAGGCCUUCCUGGACCUCUCGGACUCCGGGGAGCCCGGUGCCGUCGCCGGCAGUGGAAACGCAGUUGGAUCCAGCGUGGCCUCAGGCAGCGGGACCGCGACCCAGAGACCGGGACUGUUUGACCCGGACUGCCCCGCGGCCACCCCUGACCUCCGACCUGCCACGUCAGAGGGCUGGCUCAAGCUCAUGGACGCCCCCGCCAUCCAAAUGAGGAAGACCAGCUACGGCUCGGCUUUUCGCCCAGUGGUCAAAGACGCCGAGAGCAUCGCCAAACUCCACGGUGGAGAGGUCAUCGGGUCGACGGACGAAGACUUCGGGGUCAUGGUCGCCGGGUCGGAGCGCCACCAGCGGCUGUCGCCCACGAGCAGCUGCAGUUAUGGAAGUGAGAGCGUCGGGGAAGGAGAGGCGGAGGCAGCGGACAGCGAGGAGGAGGGGGAGGUGGACGUGGAGUCGUCCAAGCAGGACGAGGAGGAGGAGGAAAGGAGUUUCACCGUCAGACCAUCACAGACUCAGAACAACCUUUACCUCCCCGCGCUGAGCAGCGGCGCCGCAGAGGAGCGGGGGAAGGAGAGAGGGUGUGGUGUGGCGUACCCCAGCAGCUCCCCUCCCUCCUCCUCCUCGGACCCCGUCCAGCGGGAGUCCCCCAGCCUGCCUGCCUCCCCUCCGGCCAGCCUGCCGCUCUCCGGCUCCAACCCGCCUCACCGAGAGGAGCCGGCUUACAAAAACGUCCACAAGAACAGAGACGAGGGACUUCCUGCGUACGCCACCAAGGACAGCGCCAACGUUUCUGAAGAAAACAAAGAGCAGAGUGGUUUCUUCACACCGGAGAACGAGACCCCGGCCCCCGCCUACUGGAGGGAGAGUUCAGGUACAAAGUUUUUUUUCUGCCGUUUGAGUCUGAAAAUAAUGAAAAAUUCAAAGUUUAAAACAGGAAUGUCAUUUAUUUUAAUAUUGACGUUUAAAGAGAAAUCACUGUUGAAGGUCAGGUGGUUUUUAUACGGUUGAUAAAAGAACAUUAAAGAAUUUAAUUUGUCAAAGUUAAGGCCCAGACUCUG